CUGGUUUGUUGUGUGACAUCUGAACGCACCAAUCACUAGCGAGGAGCCUGCUUGGUCCACUUCCCCACACUGGAGGAGCUUGUCAGACACGGACGGCCGUCGAUUCAGCACCAACCAGUCAGUCAGGCAGUCAGUCAGACGGCCAGCCAAUCUUCGACAUCGUUAGCUGCAGUAGCCACCGAGUGUGAUCUCGUUCUUAUCGUCAACCUUCAUCGGAUCACUGGUGUCUAUCAGUCAGUCGGCGUGGAGAGAUGGCCGGUAUCUUGGCGUGGUUCUGGAACGAGCGCUUCUGGCUCCCCCACAACGUAACGUGGGCUGACUUGAAGAACACAGACGAAGCGACGUUCCCGCAAGCCGAGGACCUCUAUCUGGCGUGCCCUUUGGCCUUCUGCAUCUUCAUGGUGCGGCUGCUCUUCGAAAGGUUCGUUGCAAGGCCAUGUGCAGUGGGGCUGAAAAUACAAGCCAACGGGCCACAAAAAGCUCAGCCAAAUGCUAUCUUGGAGAAGGUUUUCACUGCUAUUACCAAGCACCCAGAUGAAAAAAGGCUGGAAGGAUUGUCCAAGCAGCUCGAUUGGGAUGUCCGAACUAUUCAGCGCUGGUUCCGACAAAGGCGCAACCAAGAGAAACCUAGCACUCUAGCACGUUUCUGCGAAAGCAUGUGGAGGUUUACAUUUUAUCUCUACAUUUUUACCUAUGGUGUGCGUUUCCUUAAAAAGACACCUUGGCUGUGGAACACUAAAGAAUGCUGGUACAACUAUCCUUACCAGCCACUGACAGUGGAUAUCCAUUAUUACUAUAUACUGGAGCUGUCUUUCUACUUGUCCUUGCUCUUUUCUCAAUUCACUGAUAUUAGGAGGAAGGAUUUCCUGAUUAUGUUCCUUCACCACGUGGCAACCAUCUCCCUCAUCACAUUCUCAUACGUGAACAACAUGGCCAGAGUAGGAACUCUGGUCAUGUGCCUCCACGAUGCGGCCGACGUUCUGAUAGAGGCUGCCAAGAUGGCUAACUAUGCCAAAUGUCAGAUAUUGUGCAACCUGCUGUUUGCAAUGUUUGCAAUCCUCUUCAUAAGUUCCAGGCUAGCAGUUUAUCCAGUGUGGAUUUUAAAUACCACCUUGUUUGAGAGUUGGGACAUUGUUGGGCCUUACCCAUCCUGGUGGGUCUUCAACCUGCUUCUAAUCUUGCUGCAGCUUCUUCACUCCUACUGGUCCUACCUCAUAGUAAAAACAGCAUACCAAGCCAUCUCCAAAGGAAAGGUGGGAAAAUGGAAUCCUUUACAUGUUUCAAAAGACGACUGCAGCGAUAUUGAGUCCAGCUCGGAUGAGGACAACAGCCCUCCGGCCAAACACAAACACCAUAACAACACCACCAACGGGACCAACAAAUCUCACGGGACCAACGGCUACCUGACAGGCGCGUCCUACCCCGAUGAACACUGACAUAAGCAUUACAGCACCGGAUCUACACAACCAUCCAUCCAUGUGUGUACGUGUGAGUGUGGAGAAAAUAACAUAACUCAUAGACUUCAUAACCUAGUAAUGAUGUCUAUGCAUAACUUAUCGGAUUCUGGACGUUUUGUUUUCAGUCAAUUUAAAUUAUCCUAAUCUGCAUAUUUGCAUCAGCAUUCUAAAUCUAUCCUCCCCAUCUGAUGAAUUUUUACCGCUGUAAGCAUGCUUCGUCGAUACACAGUCGUCUGGCAUUCUGGGGGUGUGUGCGUCCUAUGUUUGUAUCUUUUCAUGUUAUUUAUUUUUUUUCACGUUUACUUUCAAUGCUACACCCCCAAAGAUAUGUCAAAACGAUGAAUGGUGGGGCUGUGAUGUGUGGAAUUGCCUUCUCUUUUUUGGGAAGACAAACAUUGUCCACUUAGGCUGUAUAUGAGAUGUCAAAAACAGUAUUAUGUGUGAGCACCAGAUAUGACUAGAUGCUGUAUUCCCUGUCAAAGCAUUUUGUUAAGUCGUGCGGCGCAUUUCUGAUCGUGGUCCUUGUAAGAGGCAGUCACGAAUUUGAAUUACUCAAUAAAUAAACAUGAUAAGAAAUAUCCUAGCAAAUAUGUGUAGGUUGUUUUUUAUGAGAAAUAUUUAUAAAGUAUUGACAUAGUUUUCACCAUCAGUUGACCAGACAGCUCCCACAAACAUUGCGCCAUGCCUUACCAUUGGGUUUUCACUGUGAUAAACUGCAACACAGGCUGUGUUCAAACGCCAGAUUUAGGUGGAAAAAAGGACAAAAUUUUUUUGUUUUUUUUUUUUAACCAAAAAUGUAGACUGUUCCAUGUUCAUACAGUGCUGGCCAAAAGUAUUGGCAGCCCUGCAAUUCUACCAGAAAAUGAUUGUAAUUACAACUGCUUCGGUAUUAAUAUCUUUAUUUAUUUUGCUUGCAAUGAGAAAACACAUAAGAGAAUGGGAGGAAAAAAAUCUAAUCAUUAUUUUACACCAAACUCGAAAAAUGGGCCAGACAAAAGUAUUGGCACCCUUUGAAAAAUCAUGUGAUGCUUCUCUAAUUUGUGUAAUUAACAGCAAAUGCUACUUACCUGGCAAUACCUAAUUCACACUUGCAGCCAGUUGAAAUGGAUUAAAGUUGACUCAACCUCU